ACGGAAUACAAAUCAAUUUAACGAACCAUUGUUUAUCACAUUCGUCCAAACAGGUGCAGGAAAUAUACAACAUAAAGUAUUGAAGACUACUUUAAACUCAUCACUUUGUGCUGGCCUCGCUUGCAUUAGAUAAAAAAGGUCAACUACGUACUUAUACAUUAGGGAUUAACUCUCGUUACACGACACUAGUAUCUGCUUUCAAACUAUACCCGUGCUAAGAGGCGGCUCAAUAACUCGUAGUCUUUGCAGCGUUUCUUGUAGGUGGUUCAGUUUACACGGUGACUGCUGCAUUCAGCCAUAGCUCACAGCAUCACAAACAACGUGUUUUGGUACCGCUCACUAUUAAGUACCCAUUGCUUAGUUUAACAUAUUAUCAUCUCUUGUAAACGUAACAACAAAUACUAAAACAGAGCACGCUUGGUCACUAUGUUCAGGCCAAUUGUCACGGUUGCAUUGUGUGCCGCCUGGCAGGUGCUUGCAACUGACUACAGUGUUGCACCAGGUGUCAAUACUAUCCAAACUCAGUUGGUUUCGGUAGCAGAUGGUGAUACUCUGCUUCUGGACGCAGGAGUCUAUGAGCUUGAUAGAUUUGUGCAUGUCACAAAGGCGGUGCAGAUUGUAGGUACGGCUGGUACAAUUGUUAGAGCUGAUAGUACGUCCGUACCAGCUGCGUUCUAUAUAGACGCCCUGGGUGCGAGUAUCAAGGACAUCACAUUGGAAGACUCGUCCACAGGGUCGUCAUGUCAGUUUGAGGACCCUCAGCCCUUGAAUAUCUCCUUCAUGUAUGAUCUGUAUGAUGCACCCAAAGGCAUGCACAUAUAUAGUAACUCGUUAGUUAUCGCUGGUGACGCUGGUCCGUAUUUCAAUACCCGUGCGUUGACUGAUAUCCACUUCGGCUCUUGUAAGUUAAGUACUGAUAGCAACAAAAUGUCUCGCGGGUUUUUGGAGAUCCAGACUGUGAACUGCCGAGCUAACGCUGGAGUGAGUGUUGCCUUCAAUUAUAUGACAAAUUGUGGUGCCACAGUAACAGACUUGGCUACCAUCACUACAUAUGAUGCGGCAGUCGAAUUGAAUUUCGAGGAAGAAAUCACGAUGGAUGAUUUUGAGGAGAGUGACUUUUUUGCCUUCUCACAUUUGCGUACGGGUGAGGCCCUAGCGCAGAUGUCUAUCAGUAUCGACCGUUUGAACAAGAUUUGUACGGACGUCCACGUACGCACAGACGAAGGUACACCAUCAGGAGGGGGAAAUAAUGGCACCGACCCAACAGAUGGAGAUAGUAUCAUCGAGAAGAUCAAUGCGGCUAUCACAGAUUUGGAUCUAGCCGCUAUUAACGACAAUACGUCGGUAGUGGAGAUCUCUCUAGUUGUCCCAUGCCCACACGGUAUAUAUCCCCUCGACUCCACGGGUGGGGUUCUAGUGGAUAAGGACAGUAUGGAAGAUGAUCAAACAACUGUUAGCGAUUGGGUCGUGACAGGUGACUGUGCCGAGGAAUGUCAGAAUGAGAACAGUUAUUGUAUGCAGAAACUUUCAUUCCAAAUCACGUCUUGUGAUCUGACUGCGACUUAUCACAUUCAGAACUUGCCCUUGGCUUGUGUGCCCGGUAUUGUGGGCUGUGAAGAUGAGGGGCAGCACGCUAAUAUCACCUUCAACAUCGACACCAAUGGACUCUGUGAAGAAGAUCCAUUCCAGCUCAGCGACGCUUUCGAGCCCACUGUCAGGCUCAGAUCCGAUGACACGUUCCAGACCGAUCGUGACACGAAUGCGUUCACUCCCGAUAGAUCUGAUACGUACUGGACCAUCGAACUUUGGACUAACAAGACAGCACUGAUCAUCAAGAGCGCCGAGAUUCAGAAGGUCGAGAGACAUUACGCCAACGAGUUGGGAGAGAAGAUUGAGGGAUCGUGCGGUGAAAACGACUACUUUUACAACGAUGAUGAUUCGAUGACUCAAAUGGAGUUGGAUGCCAUUCUUAAACCCGUGUUCCAUCUAGGAGUCGGUGACAUCAUGAUGGAUGCGACCAACGAAGCGGGUGAGUUAGUAUAUGACGAUUACGGUGAGGUAGUUCGUGUACUUGAUCCUAAUCAUAUACCACCCAAGAUCGAUACUAUUAUUCCCAUGACUGACAAAUGGCUUUGUGAGGCCGGUGAGACAGUAGAGACUAUGCAGAACGCAUCGUCUUAUAUGUUCUGUUGGUAUGUGAUUGUAGAGUACGAAGACUCGACCGCACGCCGAAGGAGACGUUCAAUUGAGGAGGACAGUUGGAAGUACGACGCCUUCGCUGACAUCGAAGAUGUUCAGCACAUUGGUGGUAUGGACUUCAUGAAGCGCAGAGAAGUUGCUGGUGGUAUUGGACACGGUCUGCUUGAAUUUGUUCCGUUUGCGGAGGGAGAGUUCAGCAGCCGAAAUGGUAUCGAAGAUAUCGAGGUCGAGGACGAUGCAGCCGAGCAGACUUCCAUCACAAUGGCUGUCGGUAUUGGAGCUGGUGUCGUCUUCGGGACCGUGGGUCUAAUUCUGUGCGUGAUCGGUGCGUUCUAUGUCAAGAGUCAGAGGGCCAAGGAGAAAGAAAUGAUGGUGUAUCAGAAGGCCUUCUAUCCCCAGGGUGGUAUGUCGGCCGGAGGUCCUCCCGGUCAAACGAUGCAACCUGGCGGCUCUAUGUAUCAAAGCAACCAAAACGGUGGACCGAGGGGAAGUUUGAACAACAAUAGCGGUGCCUCUUCCAUGUAUAACCGAGGCGGCCACGGUGGUGGCAGUGGUUCUUCUCGGGUGUCCCAGCGAUCCAGUGCGUCACAACGAAGUGGGCAUGAUGGCGCAGGUGCCAGGGCUGGGGGAUCGUUCUACGGAAUGGAAGAACAUUCCUCUGUGUAGUUGAUGGUCGCGGAGAUGAUACUGGUCAGCACAGACGGUGUAGACGUAGGUGUUUGGUCAAUUAGGUUGCGAUAUUGUAUGGACGAGGGGUUUUCUUGUGCUAUCCUGAAUCGCAGCACUUUUAUUCCACAUGUACACCAUCUUCAUACAUUCGUAAAUGGUAGGUGUAAAUACAUUCGGAUACAGACAUAAGUAGCGAGACAUGCUAUGCCAAGGACCUCGUGCUAUACCAUAUACGUUGGAUCGUUGUAAAUUGUGAUUUAGAGACCUGAUUCCCUCAAUGCUCUCGUCGCAGAACGUGAUUGAGGGUCAGAGGACUAAGAGGUGCGUCCAUAAUUAUACGUUAUAUAUAGAAAGUAAAAGAGAAACUAAACAUUAUAAUUGUAUUUGCAUUUUUAUUAUCAGUCAGCAGACGUUGUCGAUAAAUUUUCCAUGACAUUAUUACCUUAUCAAUUAUAAGCUUGCUCGAUUAACCUGUGUAGUAGCCUAUCUC